CGGCGGCAGUCGCGCCGCAGUGACGUCACCGCACCGCCGCCAUGGUCGCCCGGCGCGCGCUGCACUUCGUCUUCAAAGUGGCUGAGCGCGAGCGGACCGCGCGCUUCUGCCGCGAGCUGCUGGGCAUGCGGGUGCUGAGGCAUGAGGAGUUCGAGGAGGGCUGCAAGGCCACCUGCAACGGCCCUUACGAUGGAAAAUGGAGCAAAACGAUGGUGGGCUAUGGGCCAGAAGACAACCACUUUGUUGCAGAGUUGACUUACAACUAUGGUAUUGGAGAAUACCACCUGGGCAAUGACUUCCUAGGCAUAACACUUGUGUCCAGCCAGGCUGUGAGCAAUGCAAAGAAGAUGGGGUGGCCCCUCAAAGAAAUCACAGCUGGUGUUUUUGAAGCAGAAGCCCCAGGAGGAUACAAGUUCUACUUGGAAGACAAGGAGCAGCUCAAGCAAGAUCCUGUGCUGAAGGUGACCUUGGGUGUCUCUGAUCUGCAGAAGUCUGUUAACUACUGGUCUGACUUACUUGGGAUGAAAAUAUAUGAGAAAGAUGAAGGAAACCAAAGAGCUUUGCUGGGAUAUGGGGAUAACCAGUGUAAGCUGGAGUUGAAGUCUGUUGGAGGAGCCGUGGAUCAUGGGACAGCAUUUGGGCGUAUUGCCUUCUCCUGUGCUGAAGAAGAGUUGCCAAAGAUUGAAGCACUGAUGAAGAAGGAGAAUCAGAAGAUUUUAACACCUCUGGUUAGCUUGGACACACCUGGCAAAGCCACAGUGCGAGUGAUUAUUUUGGCUGAUCCUGAUGGCCAUGAAAUCUGUUUUGUGGGAGAUGAAGCCUUCAGAGAUCUGUCCAAGGUGGACCCUAACGGCGACAAACUGUUAGAUGAUGCCAUGGCAGCAGACAACAGUGACAAAUGGUUUGCUGCACACAAAAAGAAGAAAGCUACUGCUUAGCUGCAGAGAAGAGCUGGGCUGCUUCUUCAUGCCUUGGUUUUCAUCUGAAAUAAUGCCAAUCCUGUAUCAUGUGUUGCAUUCCCUUUCCAGAAAGAGGGUGCCAUAAUGUCCCAUGCUGGUUGAUUUAAUUUUAAGCUUGUGUCUCACUGCUGCUCUCUUCUUUCAAGUGAAAAACAUCAUGUUCUUCAAAGAAAUCAGUUUCUGCAGUAAGGAGUGGGCUGAGCAUGUGGCUUCAAAAUUGGAGGCCAUCAAUUAAGAGGAAAACCUCUCAUUUUCUGUCUUGCUUUUGUUGAAAUUAACUUAAUUACAAUAUCUGAUUCUGUAAUUGGCUUUUGCAGCUGUGAGAAAAGGUUUUCAGGCAGCUGUGGCUGUAUCAGGAGUGCCCCACUUCAGUGGUGAGGUGUUGGGGUGAAAGGAUGGGCAGUGUGGAGAACUGGAGCACUUCAGCUGCCAUUUUAUACACUUGGUUAUUGGCAACAGAGAAAUCGUCCUGCUAAACCAUGUGGCCAGUCUAGUCUAGAACAAACCCUGUUUUCAGUCCAAGAUUUUUCCCAGCUUUUCUCACUGGGAUUAUUGCUAUCGUGGUUUCCAUCCCGGACUGAGGAGCCUUCCACAUUCCAGGAAGGGGGCCAGAGCCUUGCUUCAGGGCACAAAGCAAUGCUAUGCUGUCGGCUGAGGCAGCAGAGAAUAAGUCUAUCAUGGUUUUGCAAUUGGCUCUUGAUGAGAAACUGCCUUUGCAAGUAACAGUUCAGGGUUUAUUCUGUUGGAAUGAAGUCACUUGGCUUUUGCUAGUGGAAUUAGGGCUGGGAAAUGUGGAGCACUUGCCAACAGUGUCUGGAUUGGGCGUGCUGCCUGGUUUGAUAUCUUCCUUGAGGAAAACCUUAAAGGGUCUGCAGAGAAAAGCAGGUGAAGGCAGCAGCUGUGGCAGACGCUGGGGCACGUCGGCACUUGGGGUGAAUGUACUGAUUUUAAACAGGAAAAAAUCGUCACUGUGAUUGCAUUGUUGGAGUGCUGGUUCGAGAUCAUUGUCACCCUGAAACAAAUAAAAGAUAAUGUGGA